GGCACAGAUAUGACAUGUGCUUGUAAUCAUGCAUUGGAUAUUAUAGUUAUCCUUAAUUGAAACCUCACAAUAACUUGUGAAUUAUUUUUACAGUUACUAUGGCGAACUGAUCAAGCCAAACAGCAACAACUUAAAAGAAGAGCACAGCUAGAGACAUGAUAUAGGGAGUAGAGAUCAGGGGUCCCUUGGCCAGUGAAGGCCAGUGUCUCUAUGGAGGCCCCAAAGUGUGUCCAGCCGGGUCAGAGUGAGGAGGGAGAUCGGGGAGCUGAUGGAAGCUCAACACCGUGCAUUGACAGUGAACCUCUAGGAGAGAGAGACCCCAGUAAAGACCAGCAGAGCAAAGCCCUGUGCCAACAACACACUCAAAUGUUCCUGAACCUCACCACAGAGAAGGGCCUACAGCAAAUACCAUCACCACCAGGUGAGGGAAGAGUGAGGCGCAGCUUGCUCAACCUGCCCAUCAUCAACCCAGAGAGACUGCGGACAGCAAAAGUACUGGUCGACAAAGCUGUAAAGAUGCGUAUGGUGUUCUCCAUACAGGGUCCAUACCCUGUGGUUCGGGCUGCCCUGAAGGCGAGGGGUUGGGUAGAGCGCCGCCUGCCUCGGCCAAACCAGCACUGGAGCCGGUGCCGUGGAGAUGAUGGGAAUGAUGCUGAUGACAGUGAUGAUGACAAUGACAGCCCAGACGACAGAGAGGAAGACCCAGAUGACAUGUAUGACCUAAUGUCUCGCAUGGUGAGGAACGAAACGUCAUAUUUCUAUUGGACGACGCGUAGAGAGACAGUGGACAACCGCUCAUUGCGAAAGGAACAGAUUACCAAUCACUAUGCCAAAGCAGGCACCUUCACCACCAAGGUUGGGUUGUGUGUGAACCUGAGGAACCUGCGUUGGUUUGAUGCUGCAGACCUUGACUCCUUCUUCCCACGCUGCUAUAGGCUGGGGGCAGAGGAUGAGAAACAUGCCUUUAUCGAGGACUACAGGAGGACAGCAUGCACCAGCCUUAUACAGUGUGUUGUGGAGAGGAUUCGGGGUGAGCGAAGUGAGGGAGAGGGAGGUGGCACAGCUGGAUCAACUCACCAAUCAUGUCAAAGUCAGAAAAAAGCAUGCAAGCGUCGAGCCAUGUCAUUGGUGGCCUCCAGAAUGAUUGACAGUGCACUAAAAGUUUGCCAGGACUUCCUGGACAGCUUGGAACACAAUGACAUAGACAUUGCCUUGGAAACACCACCAUCCCUAACAGAACAAGAGUGGCUGGAGUUCAUCCACAAUUACUACCUGGUUGUCCAUGAUGGUGUAGAGAUAGAGGAGACUUUUCACUAUUUGAACAGCUGUCAAGCUAUGUUGCGGAAGCUUCGUGAUGUCAAUCCACAGCUAGACACAGACGGCAUCCACAACAUCUGGAUAGUCAAACCUGGGGCCAAGUCCCGGGGCAGAGGCAUCAUGUGUGCCAAGCGGCUGGAUGACAUCCUGAGGCUGGUGGACAGUGACCCAGCCCUGAUCAAGGACAGUAAGUGGGUGGUGCAGAAGUACCUGGAGCGCCCCUUGCUGGUCCACGGCACCAAGUUCGACCUCCGCCAGUGGUUCCUGGUGACUGACUGGAACCCUCUCACUGUCUGGUUUUAUAAGAAGUGCUACCUACGCUUCUCCACCCAGCCAUACUCAGUUGAGACACUGGACAGUUCUAUCCACCUGUGUAACAACUCCAUACAGAAGCACUUUCAGCCCUCCCAGCAGCGUCACCCAGAGGUGCCUGAGGACAACAUGUGGUCAUGUGACCAGUUCCGGGCCUUCCUGUCUGGACAGGGCCGAGCAGCACAGUGGUGGUCUGUGGUGGUCCCAGGGAUGAAGAAGGCUGUGGUCCACGCCCUGCAGACUGCCCAAGACCUGGUGGAGUCACGCCGAGGGAGCUUUGAGCUCUACGGAGCCGACUUCAUGCUAGGUCGUGACCUGAGGCCAUGGCUGAUAGAGAUCAAUGCCAGCCCCACCAUGGCCCCCUCUACAGCAGUGACAACACGCCUGUGUGCAGCCGUGCAGGAGGACACUCUACGGGUGGUCCUGGACCGUCGGUUGGACCGAGGAGCACACACUGGGGGCUUUCAGCUUAUAUACAAACAGGCAGCAGUGGAGGUGCCUCAGUAUGUAGGGGUCAACCUGCUUGUUGAGGGCUCCCAGAUCAGACGGCCCCGCCCUCCUCCUCAAAAAGCCUCCAAACCCUCUAAGGGUCGUUCCAACCAACCAGCGCCCAGACGCCCUCCUCAAAGCCAGGAGUACGAGGCUGUGGCAGAGAAACCCAAGCCGGCCCCCUCUAAGAAGGGUCUGAAGUCUGAGGUACGCCACCUUACCUUCUCUGGCUUCAGAGUCCAGACCCCACUUUCUACUGAGAGGCCCCUGGCCGGGGAGCCCUGGAGGCUGCAGCGUCUGGGCCUGGUUGACUCCCUCCAGCUGCCCCCCAGGGCUCAGUCCCGCUCUAUGGACUGCUGGCGGAGACCCCAGGUUAUUGUGCCCUGGUCAGGGCGAGCACGCCCCUUUGCUACCCCUGAUAUCUACAAAGGCCCUGUCCUUCCCUUGGAGGUCAUCAGCCUUCAAGACCCAGACAGGGAGCCCAGUGCCCUGCUUGUGCCCACUCCUCUGGUCCAACAUGCUGAGUUCAGGUUCCAGAAGUUUUUCAGGCAACAGAACCUCCAUCGUAGGGUGAUCAGGACCACAUGUGUAGGGAGAGGAACUCACAAGAGCUUGUGACAUGGAUCGGUUAUUGAACCAUUCACUGACUGCUGCCUGAUUUUGAAAGCUGUCUUUUUGCACUCAGCCAUUGUAGGCCUACCUCAUCAUAAUAAAGUCAGUAUUGUAUCCA